AUGGAGGAUUACCAAGUGAAAACGCUGGAUGAGCUCGAAAUCGAAUCAGAGGAGGAGUGGUUCGACGCACCUGAAGAAAAUGAUCAGAUUGUAACAUCUAUCCAACACAGUUAUGUUACUGUUCUGAAAGAACAAGAUAUUCGAAGGCGUAUGGAAAAUGAGAUUCAAAGUGUUUCAGUCGUUUUCUCAAUCUCUAAAGCCGAAGCCAUACUUGUGCUAUCUCACUCUCGCUGGGAUGUUAGUGAAUUUCACAAGAAAUGGUCUGAUGAUGCUAAAAGUGUUAGAGAAAGCGUUGGCUUAUUGGUAACUGAUGCACCUUCUGAUGACAAAGACAAAAGAUUCUUUUGCGGAGUCUGUUCCAAAUUACACCCACUUAAGAAGUCUGCAUCGGUCUCCUGUGGCCAUCGUGUAUGCAUUAGCUGCUGGACAAGUCAUAUCACCAAUAUCAUCGAUAAAAUGCCAGCUAGUGAUGACUGGUAUCAGACAUUGAAAUGUCCUUACGAAUAUUGUCCAGCUUCUGUUGGUCAAGAUAUGAUCGAGAGAUUUUCUUCCGAGAAAGAGAAGUCCAAGUAUGAUCGAUUUCUCUUUAGAUCUUACGUUGACGACAGCAAGAUGAUGAAAUGUUGUCCUGUCCCGGGGAGUAGUUGCACAAUUGAUCUGAGUAGUCCUGAAUCUGGAAAUUCUGAUGUCUUCUGUCUCUGUUUGCUUAGUUUCUGUUGGAAUUGCAGCAACGACGCUCACAGUCCUGUGGACUGUAAAACAGCUGCAAACUGGUUAGCAAUGGACGACGUUUCUGAUUACCAAAAUCCAGACUGGGUACUAGCCAAUACGGUGCCUUGCCCCAAGUGUAAGACAAGUAUCAAAGUAAAUGAAGAUUGUUCACUGAAGAUGACAUGCUUACCUCCUUGCAACUAUGAUUUCUGUCGGAACUGCCGUGGUGAGUUGACUGGACACGGGGACGAAACUGGCUGGGAUUUAUACACUUGUUACUUUCACGUUGCGGUUGAAGAGACUGAUCAAUGUCGGAAAAUGGCAGAAUCUUCGGCAGAUAGAUACAAUGAUUGUUAUGAAAACUGGACGAGUAAUGAAUUGUUGAUGCAAAAAGCAAAAGCAUACCUUAAGCAACUACACACUGAUAUUAUUCCAAAUCUAAGUAACAUACAGUUACCAACCGUACCGCAGCUUGAGUUCAUUGCAGAAGCUUGGUCUCAGAUCAUGGAAUGUAGAAGGGUCCGGAAAUGGACUUAUGCAUAUGAAUAUUACCUUAGAGAGGAUGAGGUCGAAAAGCGAGCUUUCUUGAAGCAUAAGCAAGAGGAUGCAGAGAUUCCUUUAAAGAAGCUGUAUGACUAUGCAGAGAAUAAUCUGCAGACGUUUCUUCAUGCGGAUGGUCCAUCAGAGGAUUUUGAUAAAUUCAGCAUCAAUUUAACCUCACUAACUAGCAUAACGCGAAAUCACUACAAGGGUCUGAUAAGAGAUCUUGAAGAGGGCUUAACUAAUGUUGUCCCUGUUUCAAGGUCUCAAAGGGCACAGAGCGAGGAUGCUAGUGGUUCGGGCCGUAAUCAUGACGAUUGAUCGGGCUAAUUGUUGAUUACUAAAAAAAUUAUUUGAUAAUUGCGGACUUCGUGAAUUAGUUAAACAAAAAACAAUAAAAGAAUGAACUCUGUUUUAUUUGUCAACGAGUUAUGAAUUCUGUUUUAUACACGUAAAGAAUAAAAGAGUGUGGAAAUCGUAGU